AGAUGAAUGAGACAUUGCUAUAUACACAUGACAGGCUAUAUACACAUGAUUAUAAUAAGGAAAUAGAUGGUUGAAUAGGGGCAAGGCAUGAUAAAAUACAUCGGGAUGGAAAAUGUGUUGUUGUUUUCUUUUGUUUUGGUUUAGUUUGUUGAUGGGUUGGGGGGUUUUUAUAGAGCAAGAAAUAGUCAUGGCAGGAGGCGGAAGAAGAGAAGAUGGGCUCUGACUAGCCCUAAAUCAGUAUUGUCUAGACUCCUUGCUUAUUAUACUGGCUGAACUGCCUUCUCUUUUCCUGAGCCCAAGCUGCCAUUGAUGCCCUGUUUCUUAUGGAUUUGAUUUUCACUGAUCCAUUGCUCUGACAUUGCACACAGUGGCCAUCAUUCUAGAGGCUCAGUAUAUAUCUGAAGAAGACUAACAUUUGGAAGGAUACCCAUGACAUUCAUUUCACUGAAGCUGGAUUAAAAUAGCAGGAAAAAUGGUGGGGUAUGUAGGGUGGGCCGUUGAUGAGGAAUGAGAUCAGCAGAGGCACAGGGGUGGUGGUAUUUAUUAGAGGGGGAUGGUCAUGGCACCCAGCAUAGACUGUGCUUCUAGUCUGUAUUGUGCUGAAGAUGCUCUGGGUUGGGAUGAUCAUGAUGAUGAUGAAGAAACUGGAAAUUUUUAUCAAGAUCAGGAACACCACAAUCCGGAUCCUGGUUACAUUGCCAGCUGCAUCGGUGACCAACAGUUGUGGGAUAAUGGCGAAGAGCUCAAGGCUCUUGCAGAAAAGGAAAGGCUCUAUGUUCCUCGCCCUGGGUAUAUGGAAACACUUGAAACCAAUAGUUUUGAAGCUAGAGCUCGUCAGGACGCUGUCAGCUGGAUUUUGAAGGUUCAUGCCCAUUAUGGCUUCAGUCUGGCUACUGCAGUGCUGUCAAUAAACUACCUCGAUCGGUUUCUGUCUACAACUUGCUUGCAGGAAGAUAAGCCCUGGAUGACCCAACUUACAGCUGUGACUUGCCUAUCCUUGGCUGCCAAAGUGGAGGAGAUCGAGGUUCCCCUCCUCCUCGACCUGCAGGUUGAGGAGGCCAAGUACAUAUUUGAAUCUCGCACCAUUCAGAGAAUGGAGCUCCUUGUGCUCAGCUCCCUCCAAUGGCGAAUGACCUCUGUCACAACCCUUUCCUACAUUGAACUUGCCACUCGUAUGCUUAGCUUGGAGAGUCCUCACAGAUGGAUUUUCAUAAUGCGUUGCAACGAUCUGUUAAUAAAUACUCUGAAAGAUUCAAGGUUUCUGGGCUAUCUUCCAUCAGUUGUCGCUGCUGCUAUAAUGGUGUAUGCAAUCAGGGAAAUGGAACACAUCAAUGCUAACAAGAACGAGAACGCCCUGCUAGAUGCCCUAAGCACUGACAAGGAGGCAUUUGAUGGGUGCAUAGCCCUCUUAUCUCUGGAAUCUUCCAUCAACAACAGUUUCUCUGUGGGGUUGAAAAGAAAGUGCAGAAACAGCAGUGGCAACAUCCCUAUACCCUGCAGUCCUAGUGGGGUAUUGGAUGCUACCUUCAGCUGUAACAGUGGGCAGAGCACCCCUGGAUCAUGCCACUCCCCUGCCAGCAUUUUCUGCAUUUCGCCUGCCAUGAUCAAGAGGAGAAAGGUUGAUGAAUUUUGUACCCAAGGAAUUAUAGAGGAUUGAACAAGUUUCAGAUGUUAAGCCCAUUAAUCUCUAUAUGUAUCGCCCACAAAGAACUCUGUUGGCAGCAGCCAGUCUGCCAUUAAUUAGAUCUAAAUUAUAUAUCUAAAUUUCAAUCAAUCAGACAUACAGUACAGGAAAAGCCUUAUGUUCAGAGAAAUCAUUAAUUUUCAAGUUUAUAUAAUGCUUUUCUUUGAUCGAAA